CGAGAAUCUUAGGAGGCGGGGUUAGGUUUUAGCAGCAUGGCAUCCCGCUUGAAGGUUCUGAGAUUGUUUAAAACGUUACACAGAACAAGAGAAAAUGUUUUCAGAGAAGAUACAAGAGCACUUGAAGCUGCCCGGGAGAAGAUAAAUGAAGAAUUUAAAAAAAACAAGAAUGAAACUUCUCCGGAAACAAUAAAUCAGAUGAUGAAACUGGCUUCUGAUGUUGAAAUUGUAUUGCGUACUAGUGUUAUCCAAGGAGUUCAUGUAGCUGAUAAUAAAUUAUUGCUUCGUCCCAGAAGAGACGUUCUACAGGAUAAUGUCCCAUAUUGUGAUCAUCCAUCUAAGAGCAGCACAUGAUUACUCGGCUUACUAAAAUAUUUUUUUAAAUCCUAUAAUGGUACUGUACUGUUUAUUAAUGUCUGUUCCAUACACAACAGUGUUUAACCAGAAUAUGUUGCCAUGUGGAUUUGACUUUCGUCUGGGUAUGUUCAUUUUUGAGUUGACAAAAGUAACAUGAUACUGAUCAUAUUCCUUCUUCUUCCCCCAGAGAUCUUUAGAUAAUCUCUGCAUUGUCAGAUUUUUCACAAUAAUCAUUUGUUUCUCCAUUCCUUCAUCAUCUGUAACCACUUGUCCUGGUGAGGCCUGUGGUUUGCAGACGUUGUACUGUACAGAUGAUGUUGUAUUGAAAGAUCCUUUGAACAUGUUUCACAUUUCAGGUACCCAGAGAGGUUUUGUCUUUAAAUAAAAUAAUCACUUUGAGACUAUAAAA